UUUGCCGACGUACCCGGAACUGUUUCCAAGAUUUGCUCACGUUCGGGUGGUAGUGCGGCUGCUAGUUCUGGGAGCCAAGGCAACAGAGAUCUUCCCAGGCUCGCGAGCGCGCCCCGCUCUCCCACUGCUUCGGGGACCCAGCAACGGCGAUGGCUCCGGUGUCUGGCUCCCGCAGCCCGGAGUGGGAGGUCUCGGGCUCCGGGGGGAAGCGUCGCAGUUCGUCGAAGAGCCCUAAGCCCAGCAAAUCCUCUCGCUCCCCGCGGGGCCGCCGCUCUCGCUCACAUUCUUGCUCUCGGUUCGGGGACCGAAAUGGCCUUAGCCAUCAACUGAGUGGCCCCAGCCAAGGCUCCCGAAACCAGUGCUACCGCUCCCGCUCGCGGUCACGCUCUCGAGAGCGGCCCUCCGCACCGCGGGGCGCCCCUUUCGCUUCUGCCUCCUCGUCCGCCUAUUAUGGCGGCUACUCACGCCCCUACGGGAGUGACAAGCCAUGGCCUAGCCUCCUGGACAAGGAGAGGGAGGAGAGCCUGCGGCAGAAGAGAUUAAGUGAGAGAGAGAGGAUUGGAGAAUUGGGAGCUCCUGAAGUAUGGGGACUUUCUCCAAAGAAUCCAGAACCAGACUCUGAUGAACAUACACCAGUAGAGGAUGAAGAGCCAAAGAAAAGCACCACUUCAGCGUCUACUUCAGAAGAAGAAAAGAAGAAGAAGAAGAAGUCUAGUCAUUCAAAAGAAAGAUCCAAGAAAAGGAGAAAGAAAAAAUCAUCUAAAAGGAAACACAAGAAAUAUUCUGAUGAUAGUGACAGUGACUCUGAUUCUGAAACAGACUCCAGUGAUGAAGAUACAAAAAGGAGAGCAAAGAAAGCCAAGAAAAAGGAAAAGAAGAAGAAACGCAGAUCGAAGAAAUACAAGAAAAAGAAGUCUAAGAAGAGCAGAAAAGAUUCCAGUGAUUCAAGUUCUAAAGAGUCCCAAGAAGAGUUUCUAGAGAAUCCCUGGAAGGAUCGAUCAAAGCCUGAAGAACCCUCAGAUCUGAUUGGCCCAGAGGCUCCCAAAACACUUGCCUCUCAAGAUGAUAAACCUUUGAACUACGGCCAUGCUCUGUUACCUGGUGAAGGUGCAGCUAUGGCUGAAUAUGUAAAAGCUGGAAAACGUAUCCCACGGAGAGGUGAAAUUGGCUUGACAAGUGAAGAAAUUGCAUCAUUUGAAUGCUCGGGUUACGUAAUGAGCGGUAGCAGGCAUCGCCGAAUGGAGGCUGUGCGACUGCGAAAAGAGAACCAGAUCUAUAGUGCUGACGAGAAGAGAGCCCUUGCAUCCUUUAACCAAGAAGAGAGACGAAAGAGAGAAAACAAGAUUCUGGCCAGUUUUCGAGAGAUGGUAUACAGAAAAACUAAAGGAAAAGAGGACAAAUAAGGAUUUUCUGAUUGUUCAUCAGAUAUUUUUAACAACAAAAAAGAAAGUUUGGGUUCCAUGUAUACACACAAAAAGAUUAUUAUGAUCUGAAAAAGCUUUAAAGUGCUACGGUGCCUUCUAUUUAAUUCUUUCAGUCCUAGAAAAAGCUGCUUAUUGAUA